UCCUGGCCCCCGGUGGGUUUGGGGGUGGGUGCUGUGGUCAGGGCACGAGCUCUCGUCUGCGCGCUGAGUUUGUGCUUCACGUUUCAGCCUCGCAAGAUUGAGGAGAUCAAGGACUUCCUGCUGACAGCCAGGAGGAAGGACGCCAAGUCCGUCAAGAUCAAGAAGAACAAGGACAAUGUGAAGUUCAAGGUGCGCUGCAGCCGGUACCUGUACACGCUGGUCAUCACGGACAAGGAGAAGGCCGAGAAGCUGAAGCAGUCCCUGCCCCCAGGUUUGGCCGUGAAGGAGCUGAAAUGACCCGUUUGAGAUUCCUCCACGUUUCUUACAAUAAAAAUUAAACCGGUU